AUGAGGGUUGGGCAUUUAGUUGCUGAUAUCGUCCAUCAAUUUAACUUAUCAUCUUGGCAUGUUCGUAUGUUGCCAUCGCGCGCUAUCGUUAAUGAUGGCUCUGAUAUAGGCGUCUUAAAUGGUGAAGAAAUAUCAAUCGAAGGAAUUAGUCAAUAUCCACAAAGCGAUAUUAUGCAAGAAAUGGAUGAACGAUUAAAAUGUGUCAAUAAUUUGCUUUUCUCCGAAGAGCUUUACUUGGAAUCGCUUAAAAUUACCAUCGAUAAUUAUGCUGAUCCUCUUUGGAAAUGGGGCUUAAGUGAAUUAGAGUACGAUACUCUCUUUGGUGGUAUCAAGCAACUUCGACAGCUUAAUACUCUGCUAUGGCAAAAGUUGAAAAGUGCUACAGCAACUUGGGAUUCCGAGCUUACUUGCAUAGGUCAGAUUUUUGUUUUCUUUGAUCUUUUCUGGCCUGUCUACGAAGAAUAUUACCAAAGUUUUAAAUCGGUCAAACUAAUACUAAAAUCCAAGAAGAGUAAUGAUCCGACCUUCAGUGACUUCUUGCGAACUCAACGUCUUAGCGCUCAUCAUUCCUUGGAAUCAUUGUUACUAGCUCCAGUUCAACGAAUUCCACAAUACAACAGACUGCUUGGUGACUUGAUAGAGAAAACAUCCGAAGAUCAUCCAGACUAUAAAUAUCUGAUUGAAACCAAGGAACAAGUUAAACAGAUGAUAAGUGAACGUGAACAAGAAGUAAAAGCUGUUGAGAAUGAGUAUAAGUUGAUACAAAUACAAGAAAGAUUUCCAAAUGAUCCACUUUACUUACUGGACGACAGGGUGGCUGUUGCCGAAAUGAAAUCGAAGUCGCAUGCUCCUCGUCGACGAUCAGCUCCAACUUUGUUCUUGAAACACAAUAUAUCAUUCAAUAAGCAUUCUGGUAGAAGUAUUGCCAAUAACUUAUUUGGUAUGACAGCGAACAAUAAAGUACCCAGGCAAUUUAUUUAUGAAGGUGUUGUUGAUAUGAAUACGGGGUUUCAAACAGUUCCACGCUAUUUAUUCCUAUUAAAUGAUAUUCUAAUCAUAGCCAAACCAAAGGGUUCAACAUUUAGAUUGAAAAAUUUAAUUCGUGUUACUGAUAUUUGGCUAUCGGAGUCAUUCGAUGAUGUCUGUGAAGUAGUACAACAUCCAGAUAAGUCUUUCGUAAUUGGAUGGCCAAUCGUAAAUUACUUGGCAACUUUUUCCACAGUUGAAGAAAGGAAUCUUUGGUUUCAAUUAUUAUCGAAACAAAUCGAAGAACAACAAGAAUACGAUGAUCCAAAAGCGUUAUCCGCUACAAUAUCUCUAAGAAUUUCGGAAAUUAAUCCUUCAUUAAGAGAUAUUGUAACCAAUAUUAAUAUCACGAAUAAAGAUGAUGUACACUUUGCAAUAAAAGAAUGUUUAAAGGAGUCACAGUUAGAGAUGACCAAAACGCUUUCUCAGCAAUUAUGGAUUAUAACCAAUAAAGAAGACGUACUCAAUACUCCAUUGAUUGGCCAUGAACGUCUUUAUGCCAUUAAAUGUUUUUCUUUACGAGAAGGACAAGAAAAUAAUGGAUUAGAUGGUGUUCUGGAGACAAAAAACACCCAAGAUUCAGAACUACAGUUUGUUAUCAGAUUCAGAAAGGGUGCUAAAAUAUCAGCCUUAGAUAUCAAGAAAAAAGGCUUAAGUAAACGUGUGGUAGUGCAAUGGCUAAAACAUUCAACAGGUAGUAUUAAAAAUUCAUCACCAUCAAAAAAUCAAGAACCGUUAGCAGAGAAAGCAUCUGGAAGGAUAUUUGGGGUUCCACUAGAAAAGCUAAUUCAAGAUGAUACAUUACCAAAACCUCUCAUGGGAAUGCUGCAACAGCUUUCUAUUUAUGGUCCGACGACAAUAGGAGUGUUUCGUAGAUCUGCUAAUGUUAAAAUUAUUCGUGAACUACGAGGAUUAAUUGAAAGCGGUAUGGAUAUUCUUUAUGAAAAUCAUCAAGUUUUGGUUUUGGCAGCAUUGUUAAAGGAAUUUUUACUGUCUCUACCCCAACCUGUUUUCGAUAUUAAUUUAUUCGAAGAAUAUCUUAUUACAAAUAAAAUCGAAGAUAAGGAAGAAAGAAUUAAUGCUACGAAAACGGUAUUGCAAAAACAACGAGAGAAUUCCAAGGCAGCUACUGUGUUAUUGAAUUCUAUCUUCUGUGUCUUAAAUCGAAUACUUGCUCAUUGUGAAGAAAAUAAUAUGAAUGCCUAUAAUUUAACGGUGUGCAUCUCGUCAAGUAUGAUGUGGCCUAAAGAUUUAAAUAUAGCACACCAACGUCGUGAUGAUAUCGUGGAAUUUUUUCAAUUUUUAUUGGAGAAUUGUCAAGAGAUCUUAGGCGAAGAGAUGCAAGGGUCCUUAGGUGAUGCUGAACGACCGGUACGACAUAAAUUAAAUCGAAGGAAAGCCGUAUCAUGCGGUGAUGCCUACACUCUAGAUGAGAAUGAAGAUAGUUCUAAUCCAAGUUCAAGUCUUAAAUCAAUCUGCGAUAACCUUGGCCGACGUAUAGCUAACGCAGAUACUUGCGGUAGCCAUGAUUCAGGCAUUGCCAAUAGUGAUUUAUCACAUCUAGGAUUAGAGAACGAUGACAAUAGUCAAGGGGAUAACGGUAGUAUUGCUACAUCGGAUUCCUCUGGCGGUCAAGAAAUUUCAACAAUACAAGAGAAACCACAUAACGGUUCAGGUUUUGGAGGUAUUGAGAGGCAUGAAACUAGAUAUGGGCGUUUUAUUAAAAAUAUAUAUCAAGGAAAUAAGCAAAAAGGUGAAAAAAUACGUGACAGUCGGAGUGCUUUUGCAAGUAAUAAUAAAAAGAACAAUAAUACCAAUAGUCCAUUCUUAAAUAAAACUCGAAGAAAUGGACGCCCUCGACCACGAGAUGAUUCUGCAUGUAGUGAAGAUAGUAUUGCUAGUAGCGCUGUGAGCGGAAGCCUUAGUAAAGAUAGCCAAAUGGAUGAAGAAUCAACGCGUCCUAAAAUGGUUGCUAUAUCCAGGCAUCAAAGUACCCCGUCAAAAGGACGUAGAAUUGGUGGUAUUAUCAUGAAAAAGCUACGCAAUAAUUCACUUGGUGAUGGUGAAGAAUAUUCAUCAUCGCCAGUACCCCAGCAUAAAUCUUCUUUAGGCAAUAACAGCGACGAAAGUGAUAGUACAUUUGAUUCGAAAUUGAAAUCACGCUUUGCCUAUGGUAUGAAAUCCAACAAGAAGUCACAGGAUCAUGAAAAUGACCUAUCGUCGUCAACACCUUGUUCUCCAUUAAAGAAAGAGUUUGAUUCACACGAAUUAAUAUCAAGUGGAUCACAACCUGAUUUUAAUAAAUUAUUCGGUGGAGAUGGAUCAAAAUUAGAUUUGCCAAUAAAAGAGGAUACAAUAUCAAAUUAUUCAAAAAGUUCCUCUUCACCAAUUGACAUUCGUCCUUCUAGAAGUUAUCCUGACUAUCGACAUGGUUUAACUGAAAGUCAUAGUGAUUCACACCUGAUUAGUUCAUCGUUGGAUCAGAGUAUCAUUCCUGUUGGAUCAUUACGUAAAGUUGGUACAUUUCCAAAUGAGGUAGCUAUUAGCAAUCAGUCAUCACUACCGGAUAUAAAUAAUCGAGAUCGAGGAGGAAAUGAUUCAAUGGGAAAAGUGUCACCUAUAACCAGGGAUAAAUUUUUGAAAAUGAGUUUUACUGAAGAAGAAUUUGUUUAA